CUGGCAUAGUGUAUCGCAUAGGCGUAAAAUAAUAAAUACAUAUUUAGCUUUAUUUGUGAACUAUAGUAGAAGCAGGAGAUAUAUCACAUGUUUUUUGGGACUUGGGUUCUGACUUUUUAGAGUUGAAGUUAUAGUCUUCUUGUUGAAUAUUUUAGCAACACAUGUGCAUGUAUAUAUCGUAGACCUGGAAGGAUAAAUAUUUAUUCCACAUUCUGUUCAGGAUUAUUCAUGAAGUAGCCUGGAAUCGCACAAUCUACAAUAUAUAGUUUAGAUCAAGAUAACCUUAACAAAAUGGCUCAAAUACAAAAUAUUACACGGUCGUUCGCCGAUUUCCAAGGGGAGGAUGGAGAUUACACCAAUGCCCCACUCAUGUCAUUUCAGGCGCUUAUCGUCAUGGCAAUCGUAUACUUAGUAUUACGAUUUGGACUUGAAAAGUAUAUGGUAGACAAAAAACCAGUUGAUACGCAGUUUCCUGCUAUGGUUUCUAACGCGCUCCUGGCAGUAGGUUCGGCAUGGAUGUUUUGGGGAUUUGCUUCACAAUUAUACGAGAACUGGUCGGCAGAAAACUGGGAUCUUAAUCUCCUCGUGUGUGAUCCUGAUCUGAAGCUGCAAAACAGCAUGGACAAGUUCAUAUACGUGUUCUACCUUAGCAAGUUUUGGGAAUAUAUCGAUACCCUAUUCCUGAUCUUGGGCAAGAAGCAGGUCAUCGGACUUCACUGGUUCCACCACUUGAUUACUCCAUCUAUCUGCUGGGUUGCCUACCAGUACCCUGGUGCUUGUGCAUGGAUGGGACCGCUUUCAAAUGCGUUCGUCCAUGUCUGCAUGUAUACUUACUAUACACUGACUUACUUCUCUAUGCCGAGAACUUUCGGGAAAUACAUCACUCAGAUUCAAAUCACACAGUUCCUUGGCAAUGUUAUGCUGUUUACGGUCAUAUUCGCGAACUUGUUGUUUGGCCAGGGGCAUCAGCAAUGCGGUGGAUCGUGGUUAUUCUACAUUUACGUGAUGGCCAAUUAUGUAAACUUCUUGUUUAUGUUCAAAUCAUUCAACACGGCACGCUUGGCCAAGCUGAAUAAGAAGAAACGUGCCGCGCAACUGGAACGUGAGUCAAAGGCUGCGUUUGCUGAGGCGGCACUUGAUGAGCAGAAGAAGAGUAGGUGAUUGAAUUAACUACUCCUUAUAAUAGGAGAUACGCUGGACUUGGAAGACAGAAAAUAGUUUCAGUAUCACUCGGAUCACGGAAUUACUAGUCCAAAAACACAUAAUUAACUUAGUUAACAUUUAAUUGGACGCAUCCCGGGUACAACGAUUGCGUGCCCAGUAACGCUCGAAAUAAAUAGAUUUUUAAACCGCAA